CCCAGCUCGUGACGGACAGGUUCGAUGUAGAGCCGGGUCAAUGGGCGCAGCCCCAAAAGUGACGGGAGCCACGGUGGAAGCCGAUGUGAGAGAACCGGGGAACGGGUGGAGGAGUGGCGAUAAUAUGGGAAUGGAAACGAUUAAACCAUAUCUAAUAUAAACGAUGCUGGAGAGAAGAUGGAGUAGUACAUGUAAUUGAGGGUUGAUAACGGGGCAAGAAGAGAGAAAUAUUUUUUUUACUUUUAUGUUUUGUUUUUGCAGAUCUGGCAUCUGGGGGGACGACGAUAAAGGAGUUGGUGGCGGCUGUUAGGCGGGUUUAGGCGGUGUUCGCACGGCUAGGGGGCGAUCUACAGCGUCGUCCGGGGCGGGAACGGGGCCCUGGAACUCUCCAUUAUUGCUACGUAAUAUUUAGUUGCGAAGACUCCCGCCAGGACAGUAUCUUAUAUUCAACUUAAUUUUUUGCGUCGUUCUCUAUUGUGCAUUCCCUAGAUUCUCACGUUUGAAGCAGCCCGAUCUUCAAUGUACUCCGUAGUGAGUUGCAAACAAAAUAAAUAAUAAAUUAUUGCGCCUCUCCUACGUGGUACAACUUAAAAUUACGCUUGUCCAACCUCGCCCGGCUCUUUGAUUGAGCUUGUUUCUUGCUUCUCAAAACGAUACAGGAAGUAAUCAACAGUACUUCAUGCAGCCAGUCACAGAAGACAUUAAAAGGAUAUUUUACGAGUGUAACGUUGUGUCCUAUUGCCUUGCCGGCUUCUGGGAUAACAUGUGCACCGAAAUGCUCCUUUUAGUUUCUAAAUUCCGGAGAAUUGCUUUGCUACGCUGCAAUAAUUCUCCAACUUCUCUUGAUAGCUGCAGAAAUAAUGCAGCAAAGCUUAUCUAUUUGUGAUAAAGAACCGGCAUGAUCGUAUCCCUCAUGGGUCGCCAGGCUAUCAAUCACAAAACAGUGCAGUACCUUGUGCAUGGCUAUAUUUCAUCUAUACGCCGAGUAAGGAUGUAUAUUACAUACCGCCCUGGUACUCUCAGAGCCACAUAGGCCCGUGGAUCAGAUCUGACCGCGUUCGUAGGCUCAAGUCAACAAAGCUGCGCAGAAAGAUGCCAAAUCUGCUCUUAUCCUAAAUGAGAACUCUCGAUGUCCCUCCAGAUAUCAGAAAAAUGCUCAUGAGCGUCAUUUUGACAUCAACUGGCAAAAGGAGUUAUGUGAGUGCUGUUGAAUCUCGCAUAGUCGAGAACAUUGCCAGCUUUGUAUGAGGAGCUGCAGAAUUGCAUCACCGGCUAGAUGGAGGGAACGAGCUAGGUCGGUUUAUAGGAUGUGAACCAUAUUUGAGAUCUCGUAUUUUAAUUCUGUCAUGGAAUGCAUCAGCUUCGAGCUAUCAGUGAAACAGAGAAGGAGAAGAGUGAAAGAAGAGAGCCACCCAUGCACAACGAACGUAUUUGGUUUUGCUUCAACCAUCAGCUUCAUGAUGGUAACCAGUUGACGAGAGAGAAUUAUCACUUCUAAAUCAAUCUAAAUCAACGACGGAAAUACUUAUAAUCGCGGAUUGCUAAAUAAAAAUUUCCCAUCAGGGGGUAAAGGCGCUCAUUCUAGCGCGCAGCGUGAUGGAGUGGAGAGCGUGGUGGGAUCGAGGGAGGGAAAAGAAAAAGAAAAAAGAAAAAAGAAAAAGAAAAAGAGAAUUGUAGGCUAUAGAAGCCGUGAAAUAUAAAAGAACAUCCCCUCUGGUAGUCUUUUAACGGGACUGCACAUCGGAGUGACCACAGUCUAAGCGAAUUGAUCCAUCAUCCACCGCAGAGCAGACCACCCGCCUCGAGAGGACAGCAUGAGGUCGCAACAGUUGGUUGCCUGAGAAGUUCCUGGACAUAUUCAAUGGAAGGAAAAUAUAUUGAUCUCCUAGUUACACAGUUAAGUAUCAGUCAUCCCCAAUUCUGACGAGAGGGUUUUUAUAAAUGGACGUUGACCAAGAGCCGCCCCAAAGCGAACCCGGCAGAGCUCAUGCUACAGUAUCAAAAUAAGCAUGAAAAGAACACAUCCGGUACCUAGAUAUAGCAGUGCAAAAUUGCCCUAAGUAUCCAGCAACGAUGCCUGUAACUGUGUCUGUGCCUGAGCAAAUGCCAGGGUCCUGGACAUGGCAACAUUAUGGAGCUUGUGGAUGGGCGCUCCAUAAGGCUAUGAUGCUUACAGAUAUGAGUUGGAAGAUCCAUGGAUGCUGAUCCUACAAUUCUUUCUGGGAAUUAUCAUGUCCCUCGGGAGCGUUGUAUCCUGUCUUGAGCCUCUUUCCCACUCCGGGAAAACAUUUUUCUUUCGGGAACGAAACGAGCACGCUAAGAAGACGGGAUAUUUAAAUAAGGGUCGAAAGGACGCUAAACCGACUCAACUACGCAGCUAGUUUCUUAAAAAAGGAAAUAUUUGUGGAUGAACUCAAGUAGGCGAUUGGGCUCCAUAUCUCUCAGAGCACAUCAAGCAUCGAAAAUAUUCAAGCGCCGGCCCCCAUGGGCCAUUGUCCAUGGGCCCACAGCAAAAGACAGCGGACAGGCUCUCCUCCUCACUCUUCAAGGGAGGAGGCUCCUAAAUGCCGCCAAACAGGGGCAACCUGAUACGCCCAAUGGCUGGCCGAAGGAUUCCACUGUCACAUUGGUUGGCUUUCCAAAUCCUUCCUUCGUUGGCGCGAUGCGGGCCGAGAACAUGAAGGAUUUCCUUCUGCCUUUUAGUCGUCCCCAGGGUCACCGAACUCGAUGGUGAAUUUUUGGUUCUUUCAGAGCUUCCUCACACGUUGUGUUUCUUCCUUCCUUCAACUCUCGACUCCGUCAUAAAUCGUCAGAGCUUGGGAUUCUGCGGAGAACGACAGCAUUUCUCACAACCGUCGAGAACAGGCGAGGCACAACCGCCAUAUCUUCCUAACGACGAAACCUACGGAAAUAACACCGAACACCAGUGUUAGCUAUGGCGCGGUUCACCGCAACACUCCGCCUUGUCGCGACGUUGUUAUCAUUUUGCGCGAUCGGGGUGCGAUGUCAAGGGAGAAUGUGCUACGCCCUCGACGGCACUGAAUACCCUUUUGAUGUGCCAUGCACAAAUGACGAGGUUACCGUGUGCUGUAAUUCAAAAGACAUCUGCAUGUCAAAUGGACUCUGUUAUCUUCAAGGCUCACACGGUUCCGUGUUGUCAAGAGGAUCUUGCACGGAUAAAAACUGGGGCCCUGGCUGCUUUGCACCUUGUUCCAGUUACCAUCGCCACAUCGGCUUUCCCAUCGUCAAUUUUGGUUUCCAAGGGAAAGAUUCUAAAUACUGUUGCGGCGGCUUCGAAAUUGUCGACGGAAAGGUGGGCUGUCUAAACGGGGACUCAACCUUCUCGCUGCCUCCUGGUCAAGCUAUCGUAGGGGUAGCAGGUCUUGUCAACAACUCUUCCCCAAGCCCCACCCCCACCAGCACUGCCAGCACCACGAGCACUGCCAGCACCACCAGUACGGGCACCAGAACCACCGGCACGGGCACCAGCACCACCGCCACUGGCACCAACACCGACCUCCCGCCUACGCCUACAGAUACCGGCUCACCCGUACACACCACUCCCCCCGUAACAACAUGUCCCUCUCCCCGUGACACAGUCAUCGGAGUUGGUAUCGGAGUCCCUCUCGGAGUCAUCGCUAUUGCCGCUCUUGCAUGGGCCAUCUGGGAGCGGAGUGGUAGACGCCAGGCACUGGCGGCUGCGUCGGCGGGCGGUGCUGUCUACUCCGCGCAAACUGAGUAUGCCCACCCACCCCACUACCAGAAGCCUGUUGCGGAGUUGUCUGAACGAGGUGUUAUUUCGGAAUUGAUGGGGAGCGGACAUCAUAACCUUAAAUAAGGGGGUAAAUGGAAUGAGAUGGGAUAGGGGCGAGUAUGGAGAGCCGGGAAGGGGAGGGGGUUCACGGAGCUAGUUCAUGGUUUGCUUGCUAUGUACGAAUGGUAAUAAAAGUACUUAUCUGGGACUCCUCCGAGCCGAUGUAAAUAUAUUGGAAAUCAAGUGGGGAGAAAGAUACGUUCAGCUUGUGGCCGGCCCCUCGUAUUUUUUACCUUUAUUUUAUUUUACUUUAUAAUUUUUUUUUCUUGUCCUUCUUGUGUGUAUUAUUUGUCUGAUUUUGUGUGUUUUAUCUGUUCAUCUUGAUGGUGUUGACUUUUCCGGCUUAGAUAGUACUUCUCCUUUUUUGCUGUGUAAGGGAGUCAUUGUUUAUUUAAAAUGGCACAUUACAUUGUUUUACUCGUGCUUUCGCUUCCCCCACCACACCUAUGGUUGUUUAAUAUAUGUAAAUUCUUUGAUACUACUAUAUUCUCCGCUC